AUGGAUGUGGAUAUAACGGACGAGGAAUAUGUAAUUCAAAGGGCCAAACAUGCAUUUACUAUUAGUCCUUUGAAAGCGAAAGCUUGGAUGAUAACCGCAAAAACGUUAUAUCCUAAUAAUUUUGGCGUGCAGUUUGAGGCAUAUUUUAUUGAGAAAAAUGCGGGACAUGUUAAGGAAGCCGCUAGAUGCUUCAGUGACCUCAUAGGAAAAUUUCAACAACAACCAGAACUAUUAAAGGAGAUUGAAAAGGUUACUACAGCUUUAAGAGCUGAAAGUGAUACAAAUGAUACUGAAAAACAGUUUUUAUGUGAAAUGUUUAAACAUAUUUCCUCAGAUGUUCAGCAUAAGUUGCUUUUAUGCACUGCAGAUAAUUGUGAGGAUACCAUGGAACAUUGUAGAUUAUUAUUACUACUUCUACAGAGAUUUCCAACUGCCAUUUCAAGUAAUGGGCCAAGAUUAGUGGAUACAUUAAUAUCUGCUGAAAAACACAGUGAAGAUGGCCAUAUGCCUACAAAUGCAUAUAGAAAAUUAUUGGUUGGUGAAUUAUUACCUUUGCUUGCCCAUGAUAACAUUAUAGUGGAUUUGUCUCCUAAAAUGCUUUUUAAAUUGUUGAAUAAAUCAAUUGAGUUUUACCUUUGUUAUUUAGGACUUCCACAAACAUCCUUACAAGAAAGUGAAGGGAAAAUGGAUGAUCCUUGGAAAAAAUUAUUUGCAAUUGUGGAAUUUAUAGGAAAUCAGUUAGGUUGGGAACCAGGUCUUAUUAAUUUUAGGAACAAUUGGUCUAAGGAAGCAUACUGGCAGAAAAUAUUAAACUAUCACCAAACAAAUAAUGAUGAAAAACCUUUACUUUUCUGUAUAUCAAUAUUUUUUAUGUUGUGUUUGCAUGAUUACAGUUCUAGCUUAAAUCCAGAAUCUAGUCCAGGACAAAUACCAACUACUUUUGUCCUAGUGGAAGCUUUUAAUGACAAAAAUCUUCCCAAUCCAGUGGCAGAGACAAAAGGUAAAAAGCGAAAAUCUGAUGGUGAAUAUACACAACCGCACAUAACAGUGGAAAAUCCAAAGUUUAAAACAAUGCAUAAUAAUUUUUUGAUGUGUUUAAACUGUUGGGAUCUUAUUAAUUCUUCUGAAAUUUUACAAAGAGAAUUUCCAAAAUUAAGUGCAAAUUUAAAAUUGGAUACCUGGAUAUCAAAUUUCCUAAUUGACUAUGCUAUUUAUAAGGGCAAAUAUGAGGAUGCUUUAACAGGUCUUCAGCAAAUAUUUGAACCAAUGGCUCAGUUAAGUAAAUUUAUAAGAAUUGCAAGUGUAUUGUAUAUUACUAAAAAUUAUGGAUCAAGUUUUGAUGCAAUAAGUUCAGCAAUACCAUUAUUACCUUCAAAUAAUUUAAGAAGUUUGAGUAGUCUUCUUAUAACUGGAGGAACUCAAAGGCAUUUACAUUAUUUGCCUUUAUCUCGGUUUUCUGUUUUGCAGUAUUUGGUUAAAAUUUUACUAAGGUCUAUUUGGGAUAAUUUAGAAAAAAUGAAUUACAGUGAACUAUCAAUAGGAAAUAUAUUUGCCUUAGUGCAAUUGGACUGGCCUCAAGAAGAAGAGUUAAUUCCCCCACUAAUUGAACACAUAAAGCAAAAUGGGUCAUUUCAUUACCCAUUAUUUCAAAAUUAUCUUGUAAAUGUUGAUAUUUUGGAAGAGCUUACCUACCUUUGGACACAAGGAGGCCAAAUAACACUGGAUAUUUUACCACAUCUGGGGAGUCAAAGAAGAAUUGGUACAAGAGGUGCAGAUAAAGGCGCCAAAGAAGAAAUUAAACAAUGCAUUAAAAGACAAAUUGCAAGAAGUAAUGAAAACUUGGAUGAGCUUUUGGAAAAUUUUAUCACCCUCGAAAGAUAUCAUAUUAAAAAAUGCUUGGUAUAA